CCGAAGGUGUUGAUUCCUGUCUGACAGUUAAGGACAUAGGGAGUGGACAUGGACGCUCCAAUCAAUCGCACGUAUUACGACAUGAAAUAUGUGUUUUACUGGAUGAAUUAGCUGUUUAAAAUUAGUCAAGUGUAUUUGUCUCCUGUGACAGGUUCAGAUACAUUAAUUUGCCGCUAAGGAAUAGGAUUUGAUGCGACACUCAUAAGUGACCGGUAUUUGAUAACACAGGUGUGCGUCAUCUAACAGAUGUUUCUUUGUAUUAAUGGAGUGUAUACAUGUGUGAAUAACAGGAUACCUAGCCUUGUCUAUAUAAAGAAACAUGAACAUCACGGGAAGAUCAGAAGAAAAUCUUAACUACAAGGUUUGUUCAACAACUGAUGACUGUGGGGACCCGGGCGAAAUCACCUGUCAUGGUGGUACAUGCUUUUGUAUCGAGUCCCUCCAGAAGGCAGACCGCUACGGCAGGUGUUCUUCCAAAUCACACAAGACGUGUACGGAGAACAACGAUUGUUACGAGCCGGAUACCGUAUGUCAAGAUAAUGACGGCUUCCAUACCAAAGUCUGCUUUUGUAUCUAUACCCUUCAGCCAACCAACGAGUAUGGCGAGUGUGUAUCGGAAGCAGAUAAACCUCCCCCAGACAAGAGAAAUGACGUAUUUCCGGUUCAGCCGCUGGUGGGUCUAUUUGGGCCUGGGGACAACAAUACAAUCUCCGAAACAAAACAAGUUCGCAACGAGACUGAGCCAUUGUACAAACAAAGUGACAACAUGUCGGACCAGCUAACUGCCAUACAAAUAUUUAUCCCCCUUGCAUCUGCCCUGUUCGUUUUAUUUGCCUUAUUUUUAAUUGUCGCUCGACGAAUCAAAUUAUGCAAAAGAAAACGGAGGAAGGAGUCGACCGUAAAAACUACGGAAGACGAGCAGUUGCUAGAUAGAAUGAACUUUGUGAAUAAAAAUCCCACCUACUUUCUAUCGCCACACGACAAUGUGAAGGGUCGGAAAUUCAACAUUAAAGACAUUCCAUCCGAGCAGAUGAAAAUUGUCGACGUUGUGGGAGAAGGGGCAUUCGGCCAGGUAUAUAAAGGUAUAUAUUCUGCUGAGGAUGGGUCCGAAAUUGGUAACGUAGCUGUUAAAGUCCUGAAGGACGGCGUAUCUAAUGAAGUUAAGGACGACUUCGAGCGGGAGGUGGAGAUCAUGAGUGCCUUUGACCACGAUAACAUACUUAAAUUGUUAGGAGUUGUCACAAAAGGCUUAGAAGGAACACCAUAUAUGAUUUUUGAGUACAUGUUACAUGGGGACCUGGCAGAACUCUUACGUCACAAUGAUCCAGUCAUGCGGAAACAUACAGACGACAUGAUAUUACAAAAGACUGAUCUUAUCGACAUUGCAAUACAAAUAGCAAACGGCAUGGCCUACCUGACGUCUCAACACUUUGUACACCGUGACCUGGCAACACGGAACUGUCUUGUCGGCGAUGGACUUGUUGUCAAGAUUUCGGACUUUGGAAUGGCGCGCGACGUAUAUACAUGUGACUAUUAUAGAAUCGGCGGCUCUCGGAUGUUGCCCGUAAGAUGGAUGUCUCCAGAAAGUGUAAAAUAUGGACGUUUUACAACGGAGUCCGAUAUCUGGGCGUUUGGUGUGGUGCUGUGGGAGAUAUUUAGCUACGGUCGACAGCCUUACUACGGACAUUCAAAUGAGGAGGUGGUGCGGUUCCUUGAUGAGGGCAUACUGCUACAGAGACCCGAGGAGUGCCCGUCCACUGUCUACCACGUCAUGCUGGGCUGCUGGAAAAGCGACCCCCGGGAGAGACUGGUGUUUGUCAAAUCCUACAACCACCUCGUGGACUACAGUAAAACGAUCAUGCGCAGUGCACACAUGCAGUCAGUAGAUAUGGACGGCGAAGGGGAUCUGAUAACAUCAUAGUGUUUGUUGGUUUUAUAAUGUAAUGUGGUUUGUUCUGUGCUGCUUUUGAUUGGUCAACAUUCAGAUCCAAUCGAAACACUGCAUAUUACAUAAAUGUCCAUAAUGAAAUGUCCUUGAGGUUUAGUUGUAUUACACUGUAUUAAUGUACGGCUGUGGAUCGUUUUGGAAGGCAUACAUAUUUGAAUAAGAUAUAAACAAAAUCCUAAGAAGAUCGACCACACAUAAUCAUGUUGUAAUGAAUUGGGUUGGAAGGGGCUGGUCCCGAAAAUGUAAACAGCAUUAGGAUAUGAGGCUGUUGACGGGCAGGCCCCGUAACAGGCAUGUUUUUGUUUUCGUUUCACUCUGUUUUUGAUGUGAUUUUGCAGCAUUGUCACGUUAAGUUUGACGUGACGUAAAGAGCCUGGUAUUACAUUGUACUUGAGAAGAAAACAUGUGUUUUAGUGUGGGAACUCGGGGGAUAUGUUGCGAAUAAGCAGUAUUUAUGCUUAUUGGCCAGGUUUUAAUAAUACACAUCCAGUCAGGAUUUAUCGUGAUUAUGAUCAGAUGAUGUACAUAAUAAUAUUCAUGUUGUUACUAUUUGCUACUUAAUUUGUACAUAUGCGUUACAUGUAAGUUUUAAAUACUUAUUUUGAUUUAGAAAGUAUUUGGACUGAUAGUCUAAAUCCUUCCAAACUGUCAAGGUCCAAUGGAUCUAUUUAGCUAAGCAAUGAUGCAUUGUCCACUCUGCACAGUUCACUACCUUUUUUAUAAGACCAUCUAAUUAAAGAUGUAGCCAACGGUUAUGAUAUUCAAAUUAAAUUUGAUUAAGCGACUUCAUAAACUAUGCAGUUACGGGGAAACGUUGUGAGUAUGCUGAAACUUCUCUUUUGUUAAAAGUCACUGCUAGGACGAAUAAAGCAAACAUGAUUAUGCUAUAAUUCCCUCUGUUUUAUAAUACUCGGGCAAUAAAACUUCGAGUUUUCAAUUGUUUUUUAGCCCACCUGGUCCGAAGGACCGAUGACCUUAUUCACGGCACAGCGUCCGUCAACUUUAUACUACUAGCCUUUUCUGUAGGAAGAAAGAGAUUUGGUCCAUCAUUGGUCUGAAGCAUCAUUGGGUGAGGGAGAACCAAUUUUGUAUAAACGGUUGGUCUGACUCACAAGGGCCUGAGGAGUUUGGAGCGAUAGGGGAACAUAACAAUUACUUUAAAAUCCUUCUUCUGAAGGAAUGUAAGGAUUUGGUCCAUAAUAUGUCUAAAAUAUCGUUGGUUAAAGGGGAACCACCUGGGGCUAAAUACGUGAAAUAUAGCAAAUUCUUCUAAAUCCUUCUGUUGAAAUAUAGUGUUUCCCGUAUUUUACUGUCAUAUCCAGGUGAGCGAUAAGGCCCGCUGGGCCUCUUGUGUUUUUGCUGAUAUUUGUAAAUCAACGACCUUAUCACAAAGAACACUAAUUAAAUGUCUAUUCACUUGGCAUGAAAAUAUCAUGCAGUGCAUAUUUCUACAUUUGUGUAUCUGAGGUAGUCCUCUUAAAUGAUCGGCUGUAAAAAGGCGUCUAGUUAAAUAGCUUUAAAUCCGCGGGAUAUAUACAGGGAACGGAGGGGGCUAAUAGUUAAUUUGUUUCUUGAUGUCUGAAAUUUGGUCUGCAGAUUUGUUAAGUACUGAAAUAGGCGUAAGAUAUAUAGACAUGGAAGUCAAUGGCCUAUAAAAUGUGACAUUUGAAAUAAAGCCAUUACAGUGUGGUUGACGACAUAAUUGCUGAUGGACAUUAAAGAAUGACUGCUUACUUAAAUUAAGAAUUUUUCAUACACUAGAACUUCUAAAUUUUGUUUCACCAAGAAAUGUCUCCAGGACAUUGUCGGUAACCCACGGUUCUGACACUCAUAGACAGAGACCGUCGGACCAAGAAAUGUCUCCAGGACAGUGUCGGUAACCCACGGUUCCGACGCUCAUGGACAGAGACCGUCGGGCGAUUGGUACAGAUAAUCUCGUUUCGGCUCUAAAAGUAGCAAUCAAAUGCCACCAUACAUAUAAAAUUCGGAAAGUUUUUGUGUGAAACAUAUAUUGGGGUUUUCGGUCAUGGAGGCCCCCACCAAAACACGCAAUACAUGUGCUUAUGAUGAAAAUUGAACUUAACUGGCAAAUACACAUCUUAUUUUUUUCAUAAUAGCGUCGAUGUCUUUUUUAUUUUUUUAUAUUUGAAAAUCUUUAAAAUCAUGUACAUGUAUUUGAAACAGUUUUUCACUACCGAAAGGUAAUCCGAACCGAAACCCCCAAGAAAGCGUUAAGAAACAUUUUUCGGCAAACGACGAAAAGUGUACCUAUCGUUCCCAUGAUCUCUGUCCGCGAGUAUCAUUGACCGUGGUUUACGACAGUGUCUUAAGGAUAGGUUUCCAAUAUACCCCCGAAUAUGUCUGAUUCUCACUCAACACUUGUUAUAAUAAUGUAUACAUGUAUACUCAAAGUUGUAACCGUAAAUUUGGAAAUAAAUACUUCGUUCAAAUUUACAAAUAAAGGCUGUUUAAUUGGUGUGUAUUAUAACAUAUUUGUUUCUAAUCAAGCAAUGAAUUGAAUAAUAUUUUGGGCGGAUGACAAUGAAGCACUUACAUGGAUAUCUUUAUUUGUGGACACUUAGAAUACUGCUUUACUUAUCAAAUGAUUUAAAAGAUUAUACUUAAAUUACUUGAUAGUCAUGCUGGUUCCUUCAUGAAUAGUUUAUGUAUGAAAAUGAUUAUAAAAACAGAAAAAUACUAAGUACCUUUUGGGGCUUCAAGCUGAAAUUAAAAAUAUAGUUUUAAAGACAAUUUUUACUAGCUACAGCCAAAUGCCAUGUCCAAUGUAUGUUACUUAAAAGGAUCUUCAAAACAUUCUUACCUUCAAUGUUUUAAAACUUGCUAAAAUGUAGUCUUAUAUAUCCAGAAUAAAAACGUUUUCAUUGAGCUAGAUCCAUGUGUAUAAUCAAUGAAAUAUGUUUUUACACAGAUCAUAAAACAUUCAAUCUUAAGCAGUGAAAAAUAAUCAUAACCUCUCAGGUAAAAGCUAGUCAGGAAAAUAUUAAGCUAUCCCUUUCCAAAUAUGUUAAUCAUUUGACAGUAAUGUAAAUCUAGAUACCGGGUCAACUGAGUUACAAUAAAUCCCUCAUUAGACACUCUGUCAUCGUUGCUGAAACAACAUUUCUCUUAUUCGUAAUGCCUCGAUAUCAAUUUCAUGUUAUUUCUAAAUUUUCCAUCAUAAAUAGAAGUCUGAAGAAAUAUGCUGCCUCUAAACUGUAUACAUUUUAACAUGUAUUUAAUAUUUUUGGUGGACUUCAUUCCAUUGUGGAACAGUGUACAGAAGAGCAUGCAUACGUCUAGAGGCUUGCAUAUAUUCCUGUUUUUGCUGAUAUCAAUUUAUUGUUAUUUUGUUGAUAUUGUAUUGCUUUCAUUAGUGUUUAUCAUUUGAUGAUCAGAUUAUCAGAUUAUCAGAUUAUCAUAAAAGGUUAAGUAUAAAUUCGACUGUUAGCGGCACGUCGGGGAACACCAUACUUUAAUAUACACACAAUCGAAUGUUAGUUUUGUUCAAACGAUUCAUUGUGCGGACCCUAAGUCAUACGCACAUUUUUUGCAGAAAUAUGCUCAAAGGCCAACUGCAUAUGGUAUACUAGUCAAAUUAGAUUUUGAUGGGCUAAGAAAUUUCUGGGUUCAAAGAUCAGAGCGUAAACCAUAGAAAGUAAAUAUUGGAGUUUUUUCAUUUAUUUUUUAUUUGUUUUUUUUUUUCAGUUUCUGCUUUAGUCAUUAAAACUAAUGGUGUAUCGAGAGUAAUUAUCUAUUAUGACUUUCUGUCUUAAAGAGUCUUACCAACAGUAAUCUGGACAAUAUCUCCAUAACCCUACUUCAAAUUGUGAUGUCAUAUUUUGUUCGGUUCCUAGGUACAUGGCAAUGCCUGGUCAUGACAAAGCAGAUCGCACCGCAAAAAUGGCAUUAUCACUUCUACUAACAGGUUUUAAACUUUUUUUCUAUCAGAUCAUAUGAAACUAUUAUUUUAAUAUCACAGUGGCAAAGUAAAAAGUGAAAAGACAAUAGGUAGACAACAAAUCACUUUCGGAAAAGGAAAUAUAUAUAAAUGGCGCCCUUUUACAGAGAGGACCGCCGGGACAAGCUUGUCGUUGCCUGACUAAGGACAGACCAUGGAAGCUUGAAGGUCAGCCUCAGUGCAUUGCAUGUAAUGAAUCGUUUACAUUUUAUUGAAAUUUCUGAAACUACUCUUCGAACAUAUACAAAAUGUUGAACUGUCUAAAAGUUGUUGGUCUGUACCAGAAAAUAUGACUAAACAUAUAUACAUUUAUCAUUUUAAACUAUGUACGUGUGUGCACUCCUUUUAACAUAUUUAUUUUGUUUGAUGUUGUUUCGUUUCAUACCUUAAUGCCACUUCAGUGUUGACGGGCCGUUCAGAAUAUAACAAUGAUAAAAUAAUUAUUCUCGUAAAAUGCUUCAGUAGGUCCGUGUAACCUAGUUCAGCAUAAUAUCUAGUUCCAAAACAACCUUAUUGCCACGACCUAUCAACCGAUUAUAUAUAGCAUGAUCGAGUGUUUAGAAAUUGAACAAAUACGCGAUAAAAAGCUCUGUUCGAUAAGUCUGUUCUUCAUUAAUGUUUGAUUAUAUACAGUUGUCCUUACCACAGGAUUUAACUGCUCAAGAGUAAUUAAAUCAUACCGAAUGUUUUUAAUACUUUUAAAGUACGAGGGUAUAUUUUCAUGUACCGAUCAAUUAUUUUAUCAUUUACAGGAAUAUAUAUUACAAAAGGCUACCAAUGUCUUCCUAUGUUAUUGAGUUCUGUUACUGAAAACUGAUGAACCAAGCAGAUCACUAUGUAAUCUUUGGUGGCAUCAAAUUGUGUAAUGGUCUUUUUUUUUCAAUGGAAAUUUGUAAGAAUACAAAAAUACAUUUUGCUGUAGAAUUGCUGUAAUACUGGUUGUAAUAUUACUAUGAUAAACUGUAUUAUCGUAAUUAUUAUUGUAACGCGGGACGAGCCUCAGCUUGGUUAUUCCAGAAAUCAACACAAGGAAUUUAACACCAUGAUGAUAUAUACAAAUGUAUUUACAUAUAAUCACAAAAAAUUACAAACUCAUUUACUCUCCCAAUCACACUCUCUACUAUACUACAUUUAUUCAUAUAUCACUGAAUCUAGUCUCUCCACACGACAGGAAUGUCGUUCACUUUUCCAAGUGCUUGUGACGAUUGGUGUCACGAUCAGUUCACAUUGGCAAUGUCAGUAACACAAAUAAUUCCAUGUUUCACGGUGAAACAGAACAUAAAAAACAAUAAACAGCAUCCGCAGCAUCCGGCAAACGGAUUACAAUAAUGGUCCUCGACUGGCGAGGAUAUAUGCAGUGGACAGCACCCACUUCCCUUUCUGAACCGUUAAAUGGCCUUAGACUUGUCUUCCUGGCAGUUGACCUAAACCUCUGGUCGGCCCUGACACUGCAUCACUGAAGACCUGUUGUCCAUUCAGGUUGACCCAUGUUUACGUCUGGCGAUCAUGUGCCCGUCAUGUGAAGCUUUAACAAAUAUAAAAAAAAAACACUAAACAUCCAUUCUUUCACACUCAUAAUCAACAUACAAUGUAUAUUAAUAACCUAAAACGUUAUCUACAGUUUACCAAUACGUAUUUAAUUAUUGUAAACUACCAAUAAUCAUACCCUUAAUGUCAAUGCAAUACUAUACAAUAAUACAAACACUAAUAUCUACGGUGCGUGGUGAAAUUCUACAUAAAACAUUACUUAAAUAACGAAUAAGGAAAACGAGCUUUAUACGUUCAUGAGCUUCCGUAGAAUUUUAACCUGCGCGAACUCACACCAGUACACCUGCUCACGACUACCACUCCUGGCUUCCAUACAUAAUUAGCAUGAACAAAAUCACGUUACUUAGUUCAAUUAUCAGUUUUACAACAGUUAAACUACUAAUAUAUUAGUUGACAUACAUGUACAAUACGUUAAUUCAUCUCUUAACAACGAAAACAUAAGUAUCAUCAAAAUAACACACCUGUAUUCAAUUACCCAAAUAGUCACGCAUGAAUGGCACGCACCGAUAACUAGAUGGCGUGACAUACAAUAAGUAUACGAUAAAUAUGGCAAAACAUAACCAUAUAAAACAAGCAAAAACACAAUAUAAUGAAAGAUAGCAAGGCUACUUACCCCCAAUCCGAUGUCUGGGCUUCUUCCACAAGUUAAUAUUGCGCGUUAAUACAAAGACAUACGUAAACAUUUACACAGUUCGAUACCUCGUUUGUUAUGUUCAGUUCAACAGCAGAUUUUCAGAAUGGCUUCGUGGAAAUAUGUACAUAUGUAGUUGAUAAGUAAUGUGUUUUUCUUGUUUACGGUGCAUAUAUGUGCCAAACAGAGUAGUCUAUAUGGUUAUUACGCUUUUGACAUGAUAUUCAGAUUGUUAAUAUACGUUAUCGGUACAAACCGAAGGCGAUGCAGUAUGGUUGCCUAUCUAUGGACAUACAUUCAAUUUAACAAGAGCACAUUAGCCAGUUAUGUCAUUUAUAUAUCAUUUCAUAUUAAGAGGAAAUUUCCACAAAAGAUAAAAGCCUCUCACCCUUAUAUACUAUUGUACGUUGAUGUUUGUUGUUGAGUUUGUUGUACGGAGCUAUUCAUUUUGAUAUUGUUGCCUUAUUAUCAUACAAAAGAGUUUAUCUUAUUUUGUUGAUACAGUACCAAUACAUACAAUAAAGAGUGAACAUUUU